GUUACUUUCUGCUCCUCUCUGCUCCAGUGUGUCGACAGAAGUGACAGCAACAUGGACAAAAGUGCAACAGCUCAUCCGUGUCCUUCCCGAGGUGAUGCACAGAUAUGACUCAAGCCUGAAGAGUCUGUGAGAAGUAACACCAAGAGGAAACAGAAUGGAGACCCUGAAUUCAUCCAGCAGCAUAAGCAUCAGCAGUGCUGACCACUCCGGCCUCUUCUCUGGAAGUCCAUACACCACUGUGGAGAUAGUGCUCAUCGUCCUGGUGGCUGGAUCUCUGAGUCUGAUCACUGUCAUCGGAAACAUCUUGGUCAUGCUCUCUAUAAAGGUAAACAGGAACCUGCAGACCGUCAACAACUACUUCCUGUUCAGUCUGGCCUGUGCAGACCUGAUUAUUGGCGUCUGCUCCAUGAACCUCUACACCGUCUACAUUGUGAUUGGCUACUGGCCUUUGGGAGCGGUGGUCUGUGACCUGUGGUUGGCUGUCGAUUAUGUGGUCAGCAACGCCUCAGUCAUGAACCUGCUCAUCAUCAGUUUUGACCGUUACUUCUGUGUCACCAAACCACUCAGCUACCCAGCACACCGCAGCACCAAGAUGGCCGGCCUGAUGAUCGCCGCAGCCUGGGUCUUGUCCUUCAUCCUGUGGGCUCCGGCCAUUUUGUUCUGGCAGUUUAUCGUGGGCGGACGAACCGUGCUGCCCGGCGAGUGCUACAUCCAGUUCUUCUCCAACCCAGCGGUUACAUUUGGGACAGCCAUAGCAGCUUUUUAUCUGCCAGUGGCCAUCAUGAUCCACCUCUACUGGCGCAUCUCCAAGGCCAGCCGAAGCCGUGUGAAGAGGGAAAGCAGGAAAACAUCAGGUACCAGUUUGGGAGAAGUCCCUUCUCACAGCCAGGAAGAAGGAUGUGAGACCCAGAACAACUGCAUCAUGGGAAAAGAGUCUGAGGCGGAGGUUGGAGACGGGAAGGACAAGGAGAUGUUGCAGCGGCAGAAUGGAGGAGGUCCCUGCACAGAGGAAAAAACUGACCAGAUGGACUCAGAGAGCAUCCACGCUUCGACGUCUAAAGAUGAACCUGCGGCUGCUGUGUCGUGUCAGUCAAGAUCAAACGGUGGGAAGAAGACAAAUCACACACAGCCACCUUCUCCAGCAAACUCAGGGGCUGACAGGCAAAGUCUGGUCGCGAGGUCACUGUUUAAGGUGACAAAGCAGAGCGCGGUGGCAAAGUGGAGAAGGAAAGGCAUUUCCUCCAGGGAGAAGAAGGUGACGCGCACCAUCAUGGCCAUCCUGGUUGCUUUUGUCGUCACAUGGACGCCGUACAACGUGAUGGUCCUGAUCAACACCUUCUGUUCCAUCUGCAUCCCAAACACCCUCUGGACCAUCGGCUACUGGCUCUGCUACAUCAACAGCACCAUAAACCCGGCGUGCUACGCCCUGUGCAACGUCACCUUCAAGAACACCUUUAAGCACCUGCUUCUGUGCCAGUACAAGAACAUACGCACGGCGCGGUGAGGGAACAACUAAUACAGACUCCCAUCUUUGAUGGAGGUAAAAUAAUGUGACGAGAAGACGAACAUAUCGUUGAACUCUACUGUGUUCUUAUUGUGCACUUAAGUCUAUUUUAUUGUUUGUUUUUUAAUUCUGAAGGUUUUACUGUUUACAGUUGUACUGUAUAAUAGUACUUUAAUGUUGUAUUAUAAGUCAACCCAGUAAGUAUGCAUGUAAACGACUGUAAGUGGGAGUUGUACCUUGACAGAUGAGCUUGUGCAGUAUGUUGUUUCAUUACCUCAGCAUUGAAAAAUGUAGUUAAUGUAUUCAAAGUAUAGCUAAACUGUUAACUGUCAACAUGUUGUUGCAUAAAGUGACACUGAACUGUGAGAAUAAGGCAACAGAAAAAAAAAAAAUCUGACCUAAAACCUUCAUCAGGUCAUCAGUCUCCUGGACUAUAAAGUGAACAUAUGUGAGUGUGUGCAUGUUUCCUCUGUGGGUAAAGAUUUACUGAAUCAUAAUUGUCCUUAACGACAGUGUUAAUCCAUGUUGUUGUGAAACGAGCCCUAAUGUGACAUUUGUUCAGAUUGUCCCCUCUUUCAUCACAUGUUAAUUCAUGUUUUUUAUGUGUGUGUGAAUAAAACGUGAUCAUGAUCAAAACAUUUACGUCAUAAUAAGACAAUAACGACUAUAACUGUUACUGCUCAACAGGUGCAAAAUACGAUGUGAAUGGAAACUAAACGUUGAUCACGUCCGUAACUGUGUGGCAAAAAUGUGACCAUGUAUCUGUGGUGUUGGUUGAUGCUCACUGCUUUUGUCUGUUAAGAAUAAAGAUGUUUCACGGUGUCGGUGUA